AUGUACGACGUCCUCAAGACGGAAGAGCUCGAAAUCCCCUCCGGCGUUGAGGUCUCGGUCAAGUCGCGACUGAUCACCGUUACUGGCCCGCGGGGAACCCUGACGAAGAAUGUCCGCCACGUUAACAUGGACAUCCGACUGCUCAAGGGCAAAACCAACAAAGUCACCCUCGCUGUCUGGCAAGGUGGCCGCAAACACGUCGCCUGCCUCCGCACCAUCAAGAGCUUGAUCAGCAACAUGAUAACUGGUGGUUUCCAAUACAAAAUGCGUGCCGUCUAUGCCCAUUUCCCCAUCAACUGCAUCAUCCAGGAAGACGGCACAAAGGUCGAGAUCCGUAAUUUCUUGGGCGAAAAGGCCGUACGGCACGUGGACAUGCUGUCUGGGGUCAAAAUCUCCGAAUCAACAGCCCAAAAAGACGAGCUCAUUUUGGAGGGCAACGACAUCGACAAUGUUUCGCAGUCAGCCGCUUCGAUUCAUGGUGCUUGCCUUGUCCGAAACAAGGACAUCCGGAAAUUCCUUGACGGGAUCUACGUGUCGGGCAAGGGCACCGUGAUCGCAGACGAGUAA